AUGGCUAGCUCCUACCCUCAGAUUGUCCUAUUCGGCGACUCGCUCUUCCAGGGAGCUGCCGGUCUUUCCGACGGCUUUUCUUUCCAGGCUGCUCUACAAGCACAGGUCCUCCGCCGGUUCGAUGUCGUCAACCGCGGCUUCUCAGGGUAUAACACAUCCAAUGCCCUGAGCAUACUCCCGCAAAUUCUCGCGCCACCAACACCAGGCGGGCCGGCGCUCAAGUACCUAAAACCCGGAGCGAAAACAUUGACUCGAUCCAACAAGUUCAUCCUAUUCGGCGCCAACGACGCAUGCGUCGAGCUACCCACCAAUUUCCAGCGUGUGCCUCUCGACAAGUACAAGGCGAACUUGGCUCGCCUCAUCAACCAUCCCACCAUCACGGCGCACAAGCCCAAGAUCUUCCUCAUCACACCGCCACCCCUAGACCAGAUCCGUGUGACAGUGCUCGACCGAGCCAAUGGACACCCCGCCGCGGCGAGACAAACUAAACUUAGCGCGACCUACUCCGAGGCCGUCCGGCAGGUGGCCGCCAAGCAUCCCGGGGUCACGCUGAUAGACCUUCACAAGGCCCUCAUGGACAGGGCGAUUCAGAAGACGCCGGGCUUCGACCCCAAGGGGCCAGCGCUUGGCGACCCGGAGAGUGGCGUUCGCGGAUACCUCGAGCAUCUCUUGCCGGACGGGCUCCACCUCAGCAGCGAGUCGUACCGUAUCCUCUACGACCUUGUGCGGCCCCAUAUUGGCGCCGAGUGGGCGGGGACGAAGGACGAGGACAGGGUCGCGUACGUGCUGCCGGACUGGCGCGAGGCGCCUUGGCUCAGCGAGGACAGGUAUCUCCGGGGCAAGUCCUUGUAG